UUGAUAUCUUCACAUUACGUUAAUGAUACAUUAGUAUUUUAAACUACAAUUGCAGUGCGUAUGGUAUCAGUAUAAAGUUAUUUUUAAGAGUUAUUAAAUUAUUCAAGAAUCUCAAUGAGAUUAUAAAAAAAUUAUAUUCGCUGUCCUAUUGCUUAUUUUAAAAAUAUUCGUCAGUCUUAAUAAGAAGAAAUAUGUCAAAAACGAGGAAAGUUUUAGUAACACGUGAAGAUUGUCCCCAAGCUGGUUUAGAUCUUCUGCGAAAUAGUAAAUGUGAAUUGACAAUUGUUCCGGGUGACUAUCCAUCACGAGAAGAAAUCAUUCGCGCUAUACCAGGACAUGAUGCGCUGUACGUAGUUGGUAAUCAUGUUAAUGUCAAUGCAGAACUUCUGGAUGCAGCUGGACCAUCAUUAAAGAUCAUCUCAACAAUUUCAUCUGGGUAUGACCACCUUGAUGUACCAGAAAUAAAACGCCGAGGAAUUAUAAUCGGCCAUACACCAGUAGUAUUAAAUGCAGCAGUUUCCGAGAUUGCUGUAAUGCUCCUUUUGACUGCCGCUCGGCGAGCUCAUGAAAGUCGUUUGUUACUGGAAGCAGGCAAGUCGGAAAGAAAACCUAUGUGGUUGCUGGGUCAGGAUGUCAGUGGAUCUACAGUGGGGAUUGUAGGUCUAGGAAUGAUUGGCUUAGCGAUUGCCAAAAGACUAGUUCCUUUUGAAAUCGGGCGGUUUUUAUACACCGGUCAUGCUCCUAAAAAAUCUGCCGAUGAAAUAGGGGCUGAGUUUGUGUCCCUGGAUGAUCUUCUCGAGCUUAGUGACUUUGUCAUCGUCGCAACUCCACUGACAAGCGAGACCCGUGGACUUUUUGACGACGCAGCUUUUGAUAAAAUGAAGAAAACUGCUGUAUUCAUCAACAUCGGUCGUGGAGCUGUUGUGAAAACAGACGCGCUUUUGAGAGCGCUUAAAGAAAAAAAAAUAUUCGCUGCUGGGUUGGAUGUUGUUGAUCCCGAGCCUCUACCCAAAGAUCACGAGUUAUUAACACUCCCGAAUUUAGAAAUAGUUCCUCAUAUCGGUAGCGCGACUGUAAGAACUCGCAAUAAUAUGGCAAUUGUCGCUGCGCAAAAUCUCAUCAACGCUCUCGAAGGAAAACCACUCGUUUAUCCUUUAUAAAAUAAAAUUUAAUUUUCGUAAGAGUUUACAAGUGUCAAAUUAAAUAUCUAAUUUUAUCAAAAUAAUAUUAGAUAAAAAUAAUAUUU